AGUUCCUAUAAGCGAGUCAUCCAGUUUGCUCAGUCACAGGAGCCCAGGCCAUCUGCUGGGAUGCUGCUGUCCCGGCUGCUACCCUUGCUCUGGGUGUUUAAGUGGGCAUCUGGAGUCUGCUUUCUUCUCCCUGGAAUGUUCAGGGAUAUAAAUCAGUCACUGAAACUAGAGUUAAAUUCUGUGACAGUGCAGGAGGGUCUGUGUGUCCUAGUGCCCUGCAAAUUCAUUGUGAACCCCAGAAACAUGCUGUCGGAUCUUGUCUUUGGAUACUGGUACCACGAAGAAAAGAAUACACAGCUUGAUUCUCUGGUGGCUACGAACAACCCAUAUCAACUUGUGCGGGGGACGCAAAGCCGAUUUCACCUCUCUGGGGACCUGAGGUUCAAUGACUGCUCCUUGGACAUCAGAGAUGCACAGAAGAGUGACAGCGGUUCUUACUUCUUCAGCCUCAAAAAAGAAGGCAUGACGUGGAAUUUCUGCGAGGAGAAGAUCUCUGUGCAUGUGACAGACCUCACUCACACCCCCAGCAUCAGCAUCCCACAGACACUGGAGCUUGGUCAUCCUACCGAUGUGAUAUGCUCUGUGCCCUGGGCUUGUGAACGGGGAACACCCCCCAUCUUCUCUUGGAUGUCAGCUGCCCCCAUAUCCCUGGGCCCCACGACCACCUUCUCCUCAGUGUUGACCCUCACUCCCAGGCUCCAGGACCAUGGAACCUACCUCACCUGUCAGGUGACCUUCCCUGGAGUUGGUGUGACUGUUCAAAAGACUGUCCAGAUCAAUGUCACCUAUACUGCACAGAACUCCACAAGCCAUGUCUCUGGAAGAGCUAGCCCAGGGAAAACAGAGCACCUGGCAGAGGUGGUACAAGUAGCCAUGGGAGAAGCGGCUAUCAAAUUCCUACUUCUUGGGAUCUGCUUCUUCUUCCUCAGCAUGAGACCCCAUGAGAAGAGAGUGGAGAGGCCAGCAACACAUGUGGAUCAUUCAGCCACUGUCAUGGAUUAGUCUCUCAGGCUGUGGAGGCAGCUGGCAUCACAGCAUGGAUCCACCACACCCAGGUCAAGAAAGCCAUGGAUGAAGAUGCCAACUGGACUGUCUCCAGACUAUGGAUCUAUUAAAAUUAAAUUUUUGUCUCGCUCUAGACCCUUCUUCUCCCUGCCCCUCUGCAUUCUCUAAAGCCUUGUGUUUUGUUCUAUGGGUAUGAAUAUAGGGUUAUGGUCCCACCCCUACAGCCCUCAAGCCUGAAACUAGGAACUGAGGAGAUGGAUACAGGGAAAGUAUUAACUAGUGUGUCUAUAGACCACUAACCCAUAAUCAUCUUGACCUCUGCUCCCUGAGGUCGACCUUAAACUCCACUUUAAGUGUUUGGUUGUAUUGAAAAAAAAAAAAGCAAGGAUAUGGGACUUUAUCUUUUGAGAUAGAAAUACACAGUUUACAAUUCUGUGUGCCCUGGGACUGGGCCCCUUUGUUAUCAGGAACAAGAGAGUUCUUGUUGUGGGGCUGGGGAUUUAGCUCAGUGGUAGAGCGCUUACCUAGGAAGCGCAAGGCCCUGGGUUCGGUCCCCAGCUCCGAAAAAAAGAACCAAAAAAAAAAAAAAAGAGAGAGAGAGAGAGAGUUCUUGUUGCAAAAAUUUGGAUUAUGAGACCAAAGUUUCCUAAAAUUUCUUUUUAAAAGAUUCUGACCUUUGGAAACCCUGGGAUAAUCAGAUUCUAUGCCACAGGAAAGGAUAGAAUCUAUCAAGGGAUAGAGUUGAUCAUUCCCAGCCAGAAAUCAGUCAGGACUGCUGGUCCUCCUUAGGUACCCAGCCCUCAAAUUACACAGGGUAGGACCAAACCAAACUGCCAUCCCAUUGACUGACAAAACUCACUGUGACAACCCAAAUUAAGAUUAGAGAAUUUACAAGAGACUAAAAUUUGUCUAAUACCCAAAACCUUCAAUAUACACACUUCCCCUUAUUCUGAUUCCUACUCUUCUGCCUUGUGGGUUAACUCAUCUGGAAAACAGCAAUACUACUGAGUACUUGGUGAGCAUGUACUAAUGGUUUGAUUAAAAGUGCCUUUUCUGAUGCUUUCCAAACUAAGUAGACAGAUUGAUCAGGACUUAGAGGUAUUAAAAGCUUCCAUUUCUGAAUUAAACUACCGUUAAAUUCCCUUGCAGAGUUGGAGAGGCUUAGACUUAGUUCUCCUGAGAUAAAUGAAACUAUGUGUGGCUUUGGAAGAAACCUGUUAUCUCUAUGCUAACUAAUCAAGAGUAAUUAGGAGAAAACUUUUUUUAAAAAUGUGUCAUAAAAAAACAAACAAGCAAAUAAAUCUCAGUACUCAGGAGGCGAAGGCAGGCAAAUCUCUGUGAGUUCAAGGCCAGAGAAUCUACAGAAUGAGGUUCAGGAUAGCCAGAGCUACACAGAGAAACUCUGUCUCAAAAAAAAAGGAAAAAAAAGAAAAGAAAGAAAAAAGAAAAGGGAGAAAGAGUAAAAAAGAAAGGAGGAAGGAACAAACAAAGGAACUCAAAACAAGAAGAAACAAAGACAAAAAUCACACAAAAUCAGUAUUUGUCUUCUUGGUCACCCUGGCCAGCUACUCUUCUAUCAACACUGACUAGGCCUUUAAGUCUCAUUCUGAUUGGGUUAACAUCGGGGCCCUGCAUCUUAAACUAAAAUAGGGUAAGUCCACAACUUAACUCAUUCACUAAGACAGUGGGGAAUACAACAGGGUCCCAAACCUUAGUAGGCCUUUAGACCUUAGCACUCCUGAUUCUGUGACAGAAGUACCAUUCAGGCCAUAAAACUCAGCACAUAAACAGUUACACCAGCCAAAAUGAAAACAAAGACCUAACCCAUCAAAGUCCAGAGUUCUGGGAAAGUCUUUAAAGUUACUAACCUAGCUUUUUGGCUUCUGUAGCUCUGCUUCUGGCUAACUGUUCUUGUUAGUACAAGUAUGUUAAAAGUUCACCCCGAAAAAGAUUUAGUGAUACACUAGCAUCCCAAACACCCAGCAUCUUAGUAUAGUCACCAACUGACUAAUAAAGAUUUUCUGUUGGCUUA